AUGAAAAGAGUAGAACAAGUAAUUCAGAGGGAAGGUGUUCGGAAAUCCGUACCUACUGUCUCCAAAGACGAAGAGAAAACCCUGAUUCAAAAGCACCAAAAGAAGCAGAAGCGAAAGAGAAAUUCGUGCCCUUUGUCUUACAUAGAAGUCAUCUCGUACGCCAUUCUAAGCUCACCGCGAAAAAGAGUAACAUUAUCCGAUAUAUACAGCUUCAUCCAAAACAACUACCCUGAAUUUACUGAGAACAGAGUGCGCUGGAAAAACACAGUCCGCCACAAUCUUUCUAUCCACGAGUGUUUUCAGCGAGGAGAAAUGGCCUUGGACAAGAGUGGAUGCUACUGGCGGAUUCAUCCGAGAUUCUCUGCCUCUUUCUCCCGAGGAGAUUUUUCAAGACAUAAGGAGCCGCAAAAUUUACCUUGCACUUGGGAUGGUGGAUACAGUCCCGUUGAAAAUCCUACAUAUUCUGCACCCUACCCCGUGUUUCCGUACCACAUGUGUGAGCCGCCCUCGUCUUAUUUUCCACAUGUUGGAUUACAACAGUAUCACAACCGAGGUAUACAUGCUUACGGGCAACAUCCUUAUUUUACAUGGAACCCCUUUAUGUACUAA